UCGAACGGUUCUCCUUUCGCAGUCGUUAAAUCGGACGUCGUCAAUAAAUAUACUUUAUCAAUCAACUUUAACCUCUUCGAAGUCCGCGUCUGAAGCAAUCAAGAUGCACCGGCUCUUCGUUUUUAUCGGGCUCUGCUUACUGGCGAUCAAAGCCCAAAAUUUGACUAUUGAGGAAUUCGAGAAGCAAAACAAGUGCAAAUGUGUUUUGUAUUACUUGUGUGAUGAUGAAAACAACAUCAAUGUAAAUGGAAAGGAUCUUAUUGAUAUCAGGCUUGGAGAUGAAGUACCUAGAAAGGUGUGUCCAGUUCAAGAUACUCUUCCUCAAUUCUGCUGCAAUCUUCCAAAUGCCAGAGAAUCCACAGUCACGGAACCAGUUCUCAUACCGAGUACGGACUCACCCGUAACAGAUAAACCCAUAAGACACACGCCUACCGUGAAACUAACGACGAACGUCACCUGCGGCAUUCAACGACCCUCCUUCGAUGUACGUUUCCUCAGCGAUAAGUUUUCCGCCACCAUAUCCGGGGAGUUUCCUUGGAUGGCGGCGAUUUACCGCAAGAACGUGUUUAAAUGCACCGGAGCCGUUGUUCAUCCACAGGUUAUUGUCACUGUGGCACAUUACGUCAAGAGAGGUGAUCGUGCAGAUUACAAGGUUGUCGUUAAUGGAGAGACCUUUUUGGGUGGUGACACAUCCAAACAUGAGAGGACGGUGAUAGACGUAAUAAGACAUCCAGACUUUUAUUCAGGUGGACUUUUCAACGAUAUCGCCUUAUUGAUUCUGGAUCAACCGUUGGAAAUAUCGCAGUUUGGCGCUUUGAUCAACGAAAUUUGUUUGCCCAAAACCACGGAUUAUUUCCAAGAUAAAAAAUGUAUUGUUGCUGGGUGGAACAAUAAAGAUACAUCGAUACCCCUGAAGAAAGUGGUAGUUCCGUUCGUGCCCCACGAUAAAUGUCAAUCAGACAUCCGUAAAUUCACCAAGCGUGGUCCAAAUUUUGAUUUGCACGAUUCAUUUACGUGUGGUGGAGGAAUAGCCGGCCAAGAUGCAUGUAUUGGAGAUGGAGGAAGUCCAAUGAUGUGUAAUUAUGAUAACGUUUUCUUUUUAACUGGUCUUGUGUCUUGGGGACAAGGCUGUGGACAAGAAAACGUUCCUGGAGUAUAUACAGAUGUGUCAAAGUUCUCCAACUGGAUAAAAGAAGAGGCUGCCAAACAUAAUUUGCAGAUUAAUAUCCCAUAAUUGAUAUUUUCACUACUUUUAACGUCUAUGUUGUUUGAUCAAACAUCUGAAAUGACUGUGUUAAUUUUAGCUUAUAGACAAUUAAAUUUUUAUAUGUUUAAUUAUUAAGCUGAUGUUUUAGAUAGCAUUGAUAGAAUUAAAAAACUGAUCAUUCACUUAUUCGUUUUUCAUCAACUGGUACCACAAAUAAGUGGAAGCAAUUUUACUGAAAACAAAAAUGAUUAUUAUCUUUAUUAUAAUUCAUUCAUAACUAAAAUUUAUAGUCGGGUUUGAAAACAAUAAUAUUUUAACAAAAUAACAUUUAAACAGCUACCAUAAAUAAUAAAGUAAUUAAAUUUUA